ACCAGGAGUCAUGGCUGCGUGGUUAAACAUGAUCUCCCAAGCGGUCUUUGUAGCCCUUUUUCUUGCCCACUAUACGUCAUCAUGUGACGACAUCAGUACAUCUGCAUGUGAAAAAUUUGCCUCACAGAAUCCGUCCAUGUGUAGCUUUGGUACCUGUUACACGUCCAUCUGUGCGAGGUUCUGUAACAAGUGUGAGUUGAAAAGAUGCUAUUCAUGUGGGGAAGUGGACAGGACGGAGGACUGCAAUACGACGAUUGAAUGUCCAAGCAGGGACCACGAAUGCGUCUCUGCCAAGACAUUUACUGACACGUUUAAAGAGGUCUACAGUCUUGGAUGUGCUUUGGGGAGCGUUUGUGACAAUGCUAACGAUAACACAGUGUGCUGUUCCUCUGAUUUGUGUAAUCACCAUAGAACUCCAGCAGCAGCUAAUCCAUCUCCUAUUGUAAGGUCAGAAAACGGCCAAGUCAACCGACAGACAGACACUACUUGUAGUGAUGUACACACGGGGGCGUGUCAGGACCUCCUGUCAGUCAAUGCCAGUAUCUGCCAAAACAGCUGUAUCAAAACACUGUGUCCUUUCACAUGUGGAGAAUGUAAGCAAUGUUAUCACUGUGACUACGCCUCAGACUCUGUUCAGUGUGCAUCCACAACAGUCUGUAAUCAUGGCGAGCAUUGUUACGGCAUAGAAACGAUCAAUUCGUACCAAGAGCAUGGCUUCAGACUUGGAUGUGCACCAAAACCAGUGUGCGAUCAGCUUUCCUCUGUUGUUGUCAAUACUUUCGGUCGAAGGUCAACUCGUGCUCUGGCAGGUGGAUGUUGUGAUGGCCAUCUAUGUAACAACCACAUCAAGGCAGUGACAACAACGACGACAACAACAACAACGACGACAACCACAACUACUACAACCCAAGAUCCAAGUAAACAUUUUAGCAGAUGUCAGUGCUCUGGAAACUUGCAUUACCAAUAUCACAACGAAUGCUUUUUUAUAUCCGACACUCGUAGUGAUAAACAACAUGGAAAGGACUACUGCCGUGCUCACUGUGGACACCUGGCUCGGUUCUCCUCUACUUCCGACGUUUAUGACGUCUCACAUUAUUUCUACAAUCAUAUUUCAUAUACAGGUUCAUCCUUUGGGGGCUUUCUGUCGCAUUAUUAUCACAAUACAAUGUUUGUGGACGCAGUGAAGACACACUUGAGUCAUACUCAUCCAAGAUACAUGUGGGAAUCCACUGGCCAAUCUGUCCCUUCAAGUCUGAUAGAUCUUCACAAUGUAAAUACAACAUACAGGGACAUGUGUACUGUAUUGGCACUACGAACGCAUAAAAUUCAUGCAGAAGAUUGUUCCGAUAGCCAUUACGCAUUAUGUCAAUUAAAUCAUUAAAAUAUUCACAUU